GCUCAUGAUGGGGGACUCAAAGCUUUGUCUUUCCCUGCUCCUAAUCACACUAACCUUGACCUAUGCUCAAGAGGAGCAUACAACCUGUCUGAUAAACCAAAGGUACAGAGCCUACCACAGGUAUGAAUACCUGUAUGAAGCGGAGUCCUUGAAUGCAAUCAAUGGUGCCUCACAUCUCAGGAAUGGCCCUAAGGCCACUUGCAAGGUUGAAAUUGAAGUACCUCAGACAUGUAGCUUCAUUGUCCGCACCACUGGCUGUAGCCUGAGUGAGGUGGCCGACAUUGACACAGAGGGCAACCCUGUGUUCAGACCUGCACCCAGUUCUGCUGCCUUUGCUUCUGAAAUGGAGCGAUAUCCGCUCAAGGUUGUGGUUGAUGGUGCGUACGAUGUGAAACUGUACCCUGAGGAUGGCGAGACAACAACAAUCCUGAACAUUAAAAGGGGUAUCAUCUCUGCUCUGGCUGUGCCACUGCUGGAAGAAGAGAAGAAUAAGAAUAUGCCCACUAUCCAUGGCAAGUGCAAAACCCAUUACUCCAUCAACACUAGAGAGGACAUUGCAACGGAUAUCAGCCUCACCAGGGAUCUGUCCAAAUGUGACAAAUUUAUACCAAUAAAAGAUCAUACAAACCCCUUGGCACUCAUCUCUGGAAUGCACUACCCUCUUGCUCAGCUGGUCAGAAGCUCACAGACAUGCAAUUACAAGUUUGACAAUAAGAAGAAACACAUGACCUCUGGCUCCUGUACUGAAAACCACAUCCUGCUUCCCUUCUCACACAAGGGGGAAUAUGGAGUUAACAAUGUUGGAAAGCAAGAACUGACUCUGGUUCAGGUCUCUCCUCACAAUGAAAGAGUCUUUUACCACAGUGACAUUGUUAUGGGUCUUCACAUGGAGUCUGUUGUGGACAAGAGUGUUGUCCAGGAUAAAGAUGCAGGUCUGAACCUCCUAAGAGAACUGGCCAAUCUGCCCGAGACUGAGGGUGAGAGGAGGGCCCACCUCUUCCACAAGCUUGUCACCAUGGUCCGUGGUAUGAAGACUGAGACCCUGAGCCCUGCCAUUCCUGAAGCUCUUGGCGUGUCCCGUGUCCUGACCUACCAGGUUCUGGCCCAGUGUGGAACCCCUGAGUGCAGCAGUGCCAUCAUGCAGAUCCUCAGGACCUUUGACACCUCAGCACUCGAGGUUGAUGCCGGUGUUUUUGCUAUGGGACUCGUGUCUAAUCCUUCUGCUCUCCUGAUCAAUGACAUGCUUGAGAUGGCCAAAUACAAGCCCAGCAAGCCCAUCAUGUAUGCCCUGAGCAAUGUUGUCAAGAGGUUUUACAAAACUGAAGGAAAACUGAUCCCUGAGAUUUACUCUGUUGCUGAGUUCAUGGCUGCCCAGCUGGGUGACUGCUCCGAUGACAAGGACAACACUUUCAUGACACUGAGAGUUAUUGGAAAUAUGGCUGCAGCUGUGGGACCUGCACUCAGAGCCGCUGUCAUCCAGUGUGUGAACCAACCCGCAGCUUCUCCAGCUGUGCAGCAGGCUGCCAUUCAAGUGUACAGACUGACUCCCGUCCCCGAAGAGGCCCGAGAGGUUCUGAUGCAGGUGCUUUUGGACAGCGCUAGCCCCAUGCAAAAGCGCGUUGCUGCAUAUCUGGUUCUUAUGAAGGACCCCCAGUCCACUGAACUGGCCCAGAUCGCUGAUGCAUUGCUCAAUGAGCAGGACAAACAAGUGAAGAGCUUUGUGAUCUCCCAUAUUACCAACAUUUUGUCCUCAACUGAGCCAGAGACCCAAGAACUGAGGCAGAAGAUCCGUGAUGCCCUGCAGGGUAAUGACAUUGGGCCUACUAUGGACCCAACCAAGUUCUCCCGCAACUACAAGAUCGGAUCUGUCGAGGGCAACAUGAUCUUUGAGAGUACUAGCUACCUGCCAAAGGAGGUCAUGCUUGAAAUGACUCUGAAGGCUUUUGGCUAUGACAUUGAUAUGAUGGAGGUUGGUAUGGAGAGCAAAGGAUUUGAUCCAACAAUUGAUGCCCUGUUUGGAGACAAUGGAUUCUUCCCAGACACUGCCCUGAAGACAAUGUACUUUGUUUCUGACAACAUGCCACUCAGAGUCAAUGAGAUCAUGCAGAACAUGCUGCCUGCUAUGAAGAAUAACAGAAUGAGGCGACAGGCUUCCCAGAACCUGAUGAGGGACAUCAGACGAAACCUUAACAAACUGGUGAAGGAACUGAAGACCACACAAUCUCCAGAGGCCAUGGUUUACCUGAGGCUUUUAGGAAAUGAACUGGGAUAUCUGAGAACCAACGAAAUCACAGAGAUGGCCUACUCUGCUGGCAUGAUGAUUGAUAACAUGUUCAAGCUGUUCCCUUCUGAUCUCAUGAAGGCACUGAUGACCAAGGCUGACAACACAAUUUUUGCCCACUACAUCUUCAUGGACAAUGAAUUCUUCCUGCCUACUGUCACUGGUGUGCCUCUGAGGGUUGCACUGUCUGGUACUUUCACCCCCGGCAUCAAGGGUGGACUUAACAUUGCCCGUGACAUGAGCGAAGUUACCUUCAUGCCCUCUGCUGGCAUUGAGUUUGUAACUCAGGUUGGCUCCCACAUCCCUGAAUAUGUCAACUCUGGAUUAGAGAUGCACACCAACCUGUUCCAUGAAAGUGGGCUCAGUGCCAAGAUCUCCAUGGGACGUGACAACGUCAAGCUGACAAUCCCUGCUCCAGUGAAGCCUACAAAGCUCAUAAAGAUGACAAACACCCUGGUGGCAGUGACUGGAUCAGAGGUGAUGACAAUCCCCCCUAUGGUGAUGGACAAGGUUGAUGUCAGUGAGUGCACGCCUGUCUUUGCUGGAAUGAAAUACUGCACGGCUCUGCAGUACACUGAUGCUUUCUCUCAGGACACAGCUCCCUACUUCCCCUUUACCGGAGACAGCAAAUUUGCUGUGGAGCUUCACCCUACUGGUGAAGUCACUGAGUACACAGCCACUGUUGCCUAUGAGCUCCUCAAGGAGGGAGAAGAGGGCCGGCAGAAGGUUGACUCUGUGAACUUUAUUCUGAGGGCUGAAGGUGCAGAUCCUACUGAAGCCAGAGCAAUCAUGAAAUACAACAGGAGGAAGAAUGUCAUCACUGCCGACAUCCAGAUCCCAGACUAUGAUGUGGAGGCUGGACUCAGGCUGGGUGUUGUUGAUGGAAACACCAAGGGCAAAGGAACUCACUCCAUCUCUCUUGACUUUAUAAACAAGAACAUCCCUCAGCUCUCUCUGGUUGGACGUGCAAAUCUGAAGGCCAUGAAGGAAGGUAUGCUGCAAGUCCAACUUCUUGUCCCUUCCAUCAAAGCUGAUGCCACUGUCACAGCUAACAUGAAACGUGAUGAAGAACUGGAACUGGAGCUGAAGAGUGAAAUCAAGAUCAUGGACACCACCGCUGAGCAAAAAAUCACAUUGAAAUAUGAUACCAGCAAGAUUGAAGUUGAUUUAAAGUCAAAUGUGAACUCUGAGCUCUUGGAAAUCCGUUCAUAUGCUGAAGAGAUUAAAAAGUAUGGCAAAGAUUUUCUUGCCAUACGGGUAGGGAAAACUGACAUGACAGUCAGUCAAAUCAUCAAGGCAUUUGUGGAGGCAACAAACAACCACAUGGAAAAGUAUGGUGCUGAUAUCCCUUACAUUCAGAACUUCAGAGUACCCGAUAUUCCUGAGAUUUCACUGCCAGAGACAUUGUUCUUGAAUACAUUAUUUAUUUUUAUCUUUCUUGUUCAUAACAGUGAGGCAAAGGCUGUCUACACCUUCAACAAUGAGCGCUUUACCAUUGCUAUCCCUCUCCCACUUGGAGGAAAGUCAACAGAAGAGCUUAACUUCCCACCAGCUUUGACCACACCUCAUGUUUCUUUACAACAGUUUGGACUGGAGAUUGUCUCUAUGGAGAUUCCUAUCCCAGACCUUGUUGUACCUGAGAGCCUUACUCUGUCUAUUCCUCUUUUUGGCAAAACUGAAGUUUCAGCUCUGAUGAGGAGUAACCUCUAUGACAUGGAGGCCUCAAUGGCUGCUGGCAAAGAUGUUGUGGAGACACCAAGCUACUCAGCUAAGUUUGAUGUUAAAGGAACCUCCCCACUGGACAUCCUCUCAAUGAAGAUUGAAGGCUCUGGAUUGUUGGCGAUCACUGAUUCCAUCAAGGCCCAUUUGAAAAGCUCUUUCAGCCACAAAUUUAUUGAAGCAAGUGUUAGCAUUGUUGAGGAUGCAACAAUCACACACAAAAUUGAUUUGAGAUCAAACAGCAAGAUUGAAGCCACAAGCCCAUUUGGUCUCAAUAUUGUACUUGAGCACAAUGGUAUGGCUGGAUUCAACACUGAAGAAAUCUCUGCUGAUAGCAGCUUUGAGGGUAUGUUCAAGGCUGGACCCAUGUAUGGCAAGACAAGUUCAUCUCAGUCAUUCUCCAUCUUCCCAUUCAGGCCAGAGGCAAACAUUGAUUCGAAAGUUCAGAUUGAGUCAACAUUUUUCAAGGCUGAUAAUACAAUUGCAGCAACCCUUGCCAAUGGUGAAUUCUCAGUUGUGUCUAACACCAAUGCCUUUGAAGACACCUUGACCCACGUUGCUGAGCUUUCCUUCAAAAACAGUAAGCUGUCAUUGAAGUGUGAUGCAAAUGCUCUUGCUCUUGGUAUGAAGAUCCGCAACCAGGCUGAAGCCUCUGCUGGUGCCGGUGAAGUCGUCAUGAGAAUGGAGACAAACGCAGACCACUUUGACAACCGUCUUUACUCUCUGCUGACUGCCUCUCUUGAUGUCAGUGGUCUAGCUUUAAACAGUGAUGCCACUAUGAAGCUCCUUGAAAAUGAGGCUACUCACAAGGCUACACUGAGAAUGAACAAGGAUGGCAUCACCACAAGUGGAACAACCACCCUCCAGAGCCCCCUGGCCCUGGAAAACACGUUCAAUGCUGGGCUUGAUGCUUCAAGAGCCACUCUAUCCAUUACCAACAAGGCUGCAAUGAGUGGCAUCAAGGUUGAUAAUGCCAAUACCAUGAUCAUUACUCUCUCUAGCUUUGACUUCAACUCAAAGGCUGAAGCCACUGCAAGUGAGUAUGCCUCUUACACUCAUGAUAUCACCAUCGACUUGAAACCCUACACUGCUUCUGCAAAUGUCAAUAACAACCUGAAACUUCUGCGGGCCAACUUCAUUAAUGAGGCUCAGCUGCAGGCAGAGCUGUACAAAAUGGACAUGACAGGAAGCCUGAAAGCCAUCUAUGGUGAGGAAGAGAUCAAGCACACCUAUCAGGUAACUUAUUCGGAUAUGACUGCUAACGCAAAGUGCAGCACAACUGGAAAAGUCUUUGGAACUCACAUGAGCCACAACACUGAGCUUGAAGUUAUUGGCCUUGCUGCCAGGAUCACCAAUGAUGCCCGCUUUAAUUCACAGCCAAUGCGCUUUGACCACACCAUCCGUUGCAGUAUUGUGCCUUUUGAUUUCAACCUUGAUGCAAUUUUCAAUGCUGAUGGAGACAUGACCAUGUAUGGAAAGCACAGUGGCCAGCUCUAUGGCAAGUUCCUGCUUAAAGCACAACCUCUGGCUUUUGCUAGCUCACAUGAAUGCAGAGCAUCACUAACCCAGCAGCUUGAUAAUGGGUUUUCACUUGAGGCAGUUACUGACAAUAACAUGGAUACUUCUCUGUCACUCCAAGAGCAGAAGACCAGUUUCAGAAUGAAGUCUAAAUUGAAUGACCACAUCUUAAAUCAGGACAUAAGUGUUUACAACACAGCUGAAAGGACUGGAAUUGAGGUUUCUGGCACCAUCCUCACAAAUAUCCUCAAUAGGGAAUCUGCAGACAACCAGGAAUUCACCCUCUCUGGCUUCCUGAAGUAUGACAAAAAUACAGAUAGCCACAUAAUUCAGUUUCCUAUAAUAGAAAGUCUUUCUUCUUUCUUGGAAAGCAUCAAGAUGCUUUGUAUUCAUGUAGCAGAGGAAUUACAAAACUUUGUCAAUGAGAAGGAUGUUAGGACUAAACUUGAGGCUCUUCCUCAGCAUGUAAGAGACUUUGUUUCUCAACUUAAUGUAGAAGGCAACCUAGUUCGUCUGAAACAGCACUUAAAUGAUUUUACCAAAAACUAUGCCAUCACCAUGGAUGAUGUGGAAGCCUCUUUAAGAAAUCUGAAGGCUAAUGUUGAGAAACUGCUGGCUGAUCUCAGUGUUUACAUCCAAAAUGUUGCUGCUUAUGCCACCCUGCCUGAAAUGGUCAUUCAGGAGAUCCAGCAACAGCUAAUUGACUUUAAUGAGAAGUAUGACAUCAAGGCUAUGGUUGUAUAUGUGAUUGACACCAUUCGAGAGAUGGUCCAACAGAUUGACCUGGAAAAACUUAAGGGCAGCAGCAUCACAUUCCUGCAUGAUGUGGAUGCAAAGUAUGAAAUCAAGGCUAAACUACAGACAGUAAUGAGAGAACUCAAACAAAUAAUUGAGUCCUUUGACAUGCAGCAAUUUGCUGCUGAGCUGAAGAGGUACAUUUCAUCAUUUAACUUCAAAGCUCACAUUGAGGAACUAGUUAGCCAGAUUCCCACAGAGAUUUUCAGUGAUAUAACAGAUUAUAUUAGGGAUAUAAUUCAGGACCUUGACAUCCUAGAUAAGAUCAACACAGUCAAUUCCAAAAUGAGAGAGUUGAUUGUAAAAUUUAAGGUCGACAGAAAUGUUCAAGCUAUCUUGGAAAAAGCUGUGGAGCUCAUUAAGCAGUUCAGAAUUGAAGAAACCAUCGGGGCUGUAGCCAAGAUGGUGAAGGAUUUAGACAUUCCUACUAAAUUCAUGGAAGUCUUUCAGGGUGCUAUCAACUACUUGAAGACAUCUGAGGUAAAGGAUAUCAUUUCACAGUUCAAUUUAUAUAUUGGCAUUAUUGAGCAGAAAUUGAAGUCAUUUGAAUAUAAUGACUUUGUGGAACAUGCCAAUCAAAUGAUAGCGAAAUACACCGCUUAUGUGAAUUACCUGGUCAGGUCUCUUGAAAUUCCCCAGAAAUUUGAAGCAACAAGAGAUUUUGCCAACUUUGUCUUAUCCUCUAUUAGGGCAUCAGUAGAACAGCUAAGAGAAAUGAAAAUAGGAGAUUUUAUGAAAACAGUAGAGGAUAUCUUUGACGAGGUUGUGCUAAGUAAUCUCGUGGCAUUUGCUGAAAGUAUUAAGCAGAAAAUUGCAGAACUAGAUGUCAAUGCUGAAAUUACCUCUUAUCUGCAGAUGGCAAGAAGAUGCUAUGACGAGUUCAUAAUUAUUGCCACUGAUACGUUCACCAGUAUGGCUGAGAUCAUUAAGAAGGUGGCACCCCAGCAAAAAAUCGUUAGUGAGAUACUGCAGAUCAUUGAAGGGCUCAUUACUGGACUGAAAAAAACUGAGCUGAACGUGCCAUCCUUCACCAUUCCUCUCACUGAUCUUGUUGUGCCUGCCAUAAAGUUUAGCAUUGAUAAUCUUUACCAGUUUGAAAUUCCACCACAGCUGGACAUCCCUGAGUUCACUAUCUUAGGCUUCCACAAUGUACAAGCCACCAGUAUCUCAACUAAUGUCAUUAAACAGAGAAUCAUUGAUCUGAUUGAUUUUCUUCUCAACUUUGAGAUGUUUGAUCUGGGAGCUUCUUUUGGAGACCUGACAAUGUACUACCUUCCUACCCUGCCUGAGUUCUCACUUCCUGAGAUUACCGUACCUGAGUUUUCCUUUCCAACUCUUCCUCAUAUUCAAGCAGAAAAAUUUGUUAAUACUCUUCAACUCUCAACAUCUGAGCUGCCACUCAUUCCCAGUGAGAUCCUGAUUCCAGCAUUUGGUAAACUGAGUUAUGAGAUAAAAGUCCACUCCCCCCUCUACACUAUUAGGAAUGCUGCUGAAAUCCAGAGCUCUCCUGAUGUAGAUGAGACUCCUCGGCUGACAGCUUUUCUGACUUCCCAAGGGACAUCCCUCAGCUUUGAAAUCCUUAACUUCAACCUGGAUUCCACUGCUCAUAUUGCUGUUCCCAAGGGACAUCGUGUGAUUGCUGCUGAGACCCUAAAGUUCACUCACAAGUUUCUUGUGCUGGAUCACCAGGCAUCUGUGACAUUUUAUGACUUCUCAGCCCAGGCCUCAGUCAAGACAACAGUAAAGGCCACCACAGCACCUUACAGUGCUGAGCUUUUAAAUGAAGCUUUCGUAGCUACCAAGGGUGGUUUAUCUGCCACUAGUGACACUUCCUAUAAACAUGUGCUCAGCAUCCCUGUCAUGGGCCUCACUGGUAAGACAUCUAUAACUCAAAAAGCUAUGGCCCGCCAGGAAGGUACCUCUAUAACAAUAACUGUUGGAAAUCAGGGUACUACGACCUUGAACUCUCACGACAGUACCCACAAGAGUGACCUGCAAGUCACAGUUAAUCCAAGUAUGGUCAAGAUGUCCAUCAAUACUGACACAGAUACAUUCCUUUUAAAGACAAGACAGACUCUGAGUGCCGAUUUUGUCAUUUUUAGUCAUUUCAAGUUUGAUAUUCGCUCCGAAGCAGAAGGCCCCAUAAUCAGAAACAGCCUUUUGGUGGGAUCAGUAAAUGCCAAUUUGCAUGACAUGAAGCUUGAGCUGAAGGCAACCCAUAGCACUGAUUUAACUGGUAUUGUCAGUGGAGCUCUAUACAAUGCAAUUAAUGUUGCUGUCUAUCCCAGAGAGGUUGUGUUCAGUUUUCAGAAUAAGGGAAACACCAAGGUCAGUUUUAAUGAUGAUCUUGCUGUCAAAAUUGAUCUGCAGAAUGAUUACUCUGCAACCAUCAGGCCUGACACACAACAUAUGAACACUGUAGCUCUAGCCCGUCUUAAUCAGUACAAACUUUUCUGGAACUACACUGUGAAGAACAAUGAGAGGGAGGCUGCCAUCCUUGCUGCUGUAGAAGGGGAAUCAAACCUUGAUUUCCUGACUAGGCCCAUCAGCAUUCCUGAGAUUGAGAUUCCAUUUGUUGACUUCCGUACUCCAGCUAUCAGUGAUUUAGACUUGUAUGAUCAAACUGGGCUGAAACACAUUUUGACUACCACUGAGCAGACUGUUGACAUGGAUGCUAAGAUUGUUUACAAGAAGAGCCAGGCUGCCCCUCUUGCUGAUAUGAUGGGUCUGAUCCAGAUUCCCUCAGUGGGAAACCUGGUCACAGACCUGUCUUUCAAGUCUGCCAUCAUUAAUCUGAAUGUCAAUGCUGGACUGUAUGCAGAGGAUGAUCUUGUCUUCCGUCUGGGAGCUACCACAGCCUCUGUGUUUGAGAGUCUCAAAUCCAAACUUGAUGGCACCACCAGUCUGACUACCAAGAGAGGAAUCAAGUUGGCCAAUUCCCUGUCCCUUGAAAAUCGUCACAUUGAAGGCACUCAUGAUAGCACCAUCAGUAUGAGUACUGAGACUUUUGAAACUGCUGUCUCUGUGGCUACUGUAGCAAAGAUUGCCUUGCCUAUACUCAACCUUGAGGCAAACCAAAAUCUACUCGCUGACACCAAAACCAAACUAAAUGCUGUCUCCACCUUGAGGAUGAAAGGUGAUUUAAACAUCCCUGUGAUCAAGGCUGUUGGAAAGGCUGAGGCAGAGCACAGUCUGAAGAUGGAAGGAACCUUUGAGUAUGCUUCCAUGGAGGCAUCCACUAGGGCAAACAUGGAUGGCACAGUGCUUGAAGACUAUCUAGUUUUGGGAGUUCUGGAUAAUGAGGUUAACCUGUACCUGAAUAAUGAUGGCCUACGUUCCACCUCAAAGGUUAUUGCAGAUGCCAAGCUUAACUAUGGCACCACCAAAGUCAUUGGCAUGGAUGUAAAUGAGAAUCUUGCUGUUGAAGCCUCCUGGAGCCGUGUGUAUGCAGUGCUGAAGUAUACUGGCAACAAUGAAGAAAACCUGUUCAAUUUCAACACCAAUGGCAAACAUGUUGCUCAGGCAACCAUUGACUUUGCACCAACAUCUUCCUUAACUGUUGACAUCGAGAUUGAUAUUUCUCAGCCAAGCACCCUGGGUGACUUCACCAUCUUUGAGAAGACUGUUGCUGAAAUGACAGCUGCCAAGCAGAAGAUGACAACAAAUGUCAAGUUUGUGAGCCCACUGUACACCACAAACAUGGCAGCUGAAGUAGAGGGCAAUGCUCCUGUUUUCACAGUCAUCUUCAAGUCCUCUGCCAACUCUGCCAUUGUCUUCCUGGAAUAUGACCUAGACUCUUCUGUUACAAUGAACCUUGAAAAUGCUGGCGUAAGCCUGACUGGGAAGAUGGUUUUCACCCACAGUGAUCUGACUAUGGACAUUCAACAGAUUCUUUCCCAUACACUGAGUGACUCCCGACUGACCCUGAAUGUGGACAUUACCAGUCCUACCUUCACUGACAUGAACUUGCGUUAUGCUGUCCGCAAAGAUGGGAUCAGUGCCACAAUUUCCAUCCCAUCUGCUGGCUUCCUGGGUCUUCAGCUCCAUGGCAGGGUCCCAACUCAGAUGAAUGCCAGAUUUUAUGGACGUUAUGCUUCUGAUCCUGGGAAGGAUGUUGAUAUCUUCACCAUCAGAGCUUCUGCCAAGGGAGCUGAUAAAAUGAACCUGAAGAUGGUCUUCAACAUGGAGGCCCCUGACAUCAUGCUUAGCGGACUACAGGAAAGACUUCCUACCAUCACGUCUUGUUUGUCUAGCUUUGCUGAGAAAUACCAACUGUUUACAGGUGCUGCUCAGCUGAAGAACAUUAUUAUUGACUAUACAGAGGAGGCCCACAACAUUGCAAACAACCAUGCCUCACAUCUCAGCCAGGUGUCUAUCCUCUUUAGGAACACAGUUGUUCAGUAUCAGAAGAUUGUCCAGAUCUUUCUGGAUGCUGCCAUCAAGGCCAUGAGGGAGACCUAUGUCAAGUUGCCUGGCUCUGAGUCAACUACUCCUCUCAUAGAGGUGCUCAAUAAGAUGACCACCAGCAUUACCACUAUGGUAGAGAAAGCAAUUGAUGUGGUGGCUGUUAAUAUAGAAUAUGCUUACAAUGCCAUAAUUGGUGCACUCAGUAAAACCCAGGUCACAGUGGCUCUCGGUGACGUCAUGGCUGGUGCCAAAAUAAUUGACAAGAUCAGGGACAGAGCAAAGACUAUGCCUAAUCAAAUUGUAGAUUUUCUAAAGCAUCUGGAUAGUCUAGACAUCCUUCUGGAGAAACUGGGUGACACCUUAAAAAUCUUUGUUGACAAAGUUCAGGACUUUGUUGAUACGUUAAAAUCUGAUGCCCUUGAUGCCAUUGCUUUUUACAUUAAUGUUUUCUAUGACAAACAUGUAAGAUUAAUGAAAACAGUCACCGAGUAUGCAAACACAGCUGUGGUUACUGAGUAUAUAAAUGGCACGAUUGACUACAUUCUGGAUAUGUUCCGCUCUGUACUGAAUCAGUUUAACUACACUGUUAGUGACUAUCUGCAGCAGGCUCCUGCUCAAUACAGAUCUUUUGUUAAAGUUAAGGGUAGAAAGCUUGAGAUUAAUCUUUGAUUCCAGCUGUGCCAGUAAGCCAAAAGAUUUAAGUGCUAAUAUUUGGAUUCCUUGGGACUAAGUGUUCAAAACAUGUUGAAUUUUAUUUAAAAAUAAUAAUUGGAUGCAAUUCUAAUUUGUAUAUUUUU